UCAUUAUUUUUAUUCCACCACUUAAUUAACCAGUUUCGGUUGUUAUCCGUGUCCGGAAUUUUUUAUUGAACAGAUAAAUUUUGUAAGGCUUUAACUGUACACAAUAACGUCAUACAAUAUUUACACCAACGAUGAUCGAUUACUAUUUCAUAUUGAUACUAAUAUUUGCAUUUGAAAAUGUAUCGACGUCUAGUAUUGAUCUGGCGGGAAUUUACGAUUUAAAUGAGAUCAACAACUUCAGAUUUGAUAUGAACAUAAGAACGAUUUAUAAUCACCAAUGGGGUAAUGGGACACAGGACGACGAUGCAAGGAAUAAAGUACUGAAAUUUAUAUUGACUGAUCUGACGGGAAUAUUAGAAGAAUUAAAUUUGAUAGCCAGUGAUUCACCUGAUAAUUAUUGGUCAGAUAAUUUUUAUGAAUUUAUAAAAGUACUCGAGGAGCAUCAAAUUAAAAUCGGCUACCGUGAAUCAUUUAAGGAUUUGACGCAGUACAUGAGACUCAUUGAAAAAAAACGGGAUGCUAUAGACACAGUCGUCAGAUUAGUGAUUUUCUAUCGUCACAAAAAUUAUUUCAAAAAUUUUUUAAAUUUCUGUCCGUAUUUAUCGCAAUUACUUGAGUUCGUGCGUGAAGAUGAGGAUUAUCGAACUAUUUCCUCGUUGUAUGAAAAUUUUUUACGCGCUCUCAUGAAAAAAAUGGCGAGAGAAGAUCAACAUAAUUUCUGUGGUAAAUUAAGCUCAUUUCGCGUUGAAUUAUUCAACUACUAUCGCCUCGUAAUGGUACCGCAUUUGAAAAAAUAUGUAAUCAAUCGUUUUGCCAAAGUAGUUGAAGCAAAAUGUAAAAAUAGUACGUCGGCUCUUCUAUGGGGUUUUGAAGAUUUGAAAGAAAAUUUCGUCGACGCAAUCAAAACAACUAAAGAAACUUUAAACGACAUAACCCACUAUAUGUAUCGCUGUGACGUCAAAUAUUUCAGUGAAUAUAAUAAACAGUUUUAUUACCACGAAUUAGAUAAAAUGAUACAGACUGUGAUAAUUGAGGAAAGAUUUUUGAGUAAAACUGGAUCUUGUAGCCACAAUUGCAAUCUGAAUUAUAUUUCCGAGACUAUUAAUCAUACAGAGUGUGCAGUUUUUCAGGAUUGCCAGUACAUUACCAGCGGUUACCAUAUUUGCCAAUCUGACAAAACGAGUUCAAGACGCUACGAAUGGUUUAGAGACAAAAAUGAUGUAAUGUAUGGCGUUAGUAAUCAGCAACAAUGUCAUGGUAAAAUGAAAUAUUGGAACAGUUAUUAUAGCGCUGCUCAAGUUCGUGACUGUGACUUUUGUGUUUGUACUUGCGAAAUAAAUCCUUGGCGUGAUUACCAACAGAUUACUACUAUCAGUUUCAGAAACCAAGUUACCAAUAUUUCUGAGAACAUGGUGGUCGUGGGUGUGAGAUUCGCGAAAAAAGACAACGUUAUUCAUGUGCAGAUAAAAGAAGGAAAAGUUAAUCCUUAUGGACGGAUCAAUAAAUCUAGAUGGAAAGAAGUAGAGGACUUUUAUCGAGUUUAUCCUGAUAAAUAUUAUGUUAAGAUUGAUGAUUUAUAUGUGAAAAAGCUGAAAUUGGGAGUCGAUUUCGGAAAGCCGGAAAUUGUAAAUUUUGAUGAUCUGAUUGCUUCAGAAGGUUACGUUGUUACAGGGGUAAGAUUUAGAUUCGCUGGAGAUUCAUUUAUAAAGCCAAAAUUAGAUAACGGUGCAAUUCAACUGCAAAUUCGUAUUACGCCACUUGAUUUCAUGGGUGGCAAAUUGAUAAAUCAUGAUCAAACACAUUGGAUUGUUCCAGAGCAUAAAGAAUUGAGAGAGGAAUUGGUUCUCAAUGACCCAGAUAAACCGUCUAAAUCACCUGGAAAUACUAUUAUUUCAAAAACUGAUCGUUUUGUAAGAUUCCGCGCUUCAGAUUUGAAAAAAGACGCCGGACAAUCAACAGUUCCGUUCUUUGAUGCUCAAGAUGUUGAUGGCGCUCCCGAAUUCCCUUUAGGAGGGGUUGGAAUAAUUCACCGCGGGCGCGAAGGAUACGGCGGAUUCCUGGCUUUUCGAAUUUUUGAUUGUAACAUUUCUAAAUAUUUUGAAAAUCGGUUACACUUUCAACAAUAGAAAAUCAUACCAUAUAAUAAAAAAAAUACAUUCUUCUUAAACAGUUAUCUUUUGUUAACAAAAAAACAUUAGUUGGAUUUAAAAGUAUGAGUCUAUAAUUACAUAUAGUUGAUAAGAAACAAUAAAAUUGUAUCGUAAGAAACCGAAA